AUUGCAGGUUUUAGGCUUCGUAAAUAUAAUAAUAGUAUUUGUGGAAUUAUACAACGACAGAAGUUCUGGAAAGAAAUAUCCAUUAUCUCUUUAAUGUAGUAUUAAUUUUAGUUAAGACAUCUGAAGCUUGCGAGUUCUUUUUUAUAUAUAUUUUGUUCUAAGAUAACUGUACUCUCAGUUGUAAUUUAUAAAACAAACUUAAAACUGAUAUUACUUAAUACAAAAGUUUUAGUAUUACUUACGUAUUUACUGGUAUUCAGUAGUAGUAGUAUUGGUAGUAAAGAAACGUUGAGCAGCGGAUGGUAAAAUGAUGUUUCUUCAAAAAAUGUUUAAGCCAAAGUGGUUUUUCCUUGCAGCCAUUACCAGGAAAAGAGGUGUAAGUUUAGCUUCAAAUCUAAUGCAUAGACCCAAAAUUAUAUCACAUGUUCUGAGUUAUGAGCCAGGCAAAAAAAUACAAGGGUUUCUGGUUGAGCAAAUAAGAGAAAUCCCAGAACUUCAUCUAGCAGCAGUAAAAUUAACACAUGAAAAAACUGGUGCUGAUUAUUUGCAUAUUGCUCGACAAGAUCACAAUAAUGUAUUUAGUGUUGCGUUUCGAACAACACCCCAAGAUGACACUGGUGUUGCUCACAUUCUAGAACAUUUAGUUCUUUGUGGUUCACAAAAUUAUCCCUGUAGAGAUCCAUUUUUUAAGAUGCUUAAUAGAUCUCAAGCCACAUUUAUGAAUGCUUUUACAGGCAGUGACUACACAAUGUAUCCAUUUUCAUCUCAAAAUCACAAAGAUUUUGAAAAUUUAUUGAAAGUAUACUUGGAUGCAGUUUUCUUUCCACGACUUUUAGAAAUUGACUUUAGGCAAGAAGGAUGGAGACUAGAACAUAAAAAUAUUAAUGAUAAAAACUCAGAAAUUGAGUUAAAGGGUGUAGUUUACAAUGAAAUGAAGGGUGUGUUUUCUCAGCCAACUCAGUUGUUUGCUCAAGAACUGCAAAAUAAGUUAUUUCCAAGUAGUACAUAUUCCUAUGUCAGUGGUGGGAAACCUCUUGCUAUACCUAACCUCACAUGGCAACAGCUGAAAGACUUUCAUUGUACUCAUUACCAUCCAAGUAAUGCAAGAUUUUUCACUUAUGGUGACUUUCCUUUGGAGAAUCAUUUAGGAUUUAUUAAUGAUUAUGUACUUUCUAAGUUUGAAAAGCAGUUUCCACAAAAUCAAGUUCUCAAAGAGAAGCAAUGGUUAAAACCAAGAACGUUCAAGAUCAAAUGUCAACCAGAUCCUUUAUCCAGCAACCCAGAUAAGCAGACAACAGUGUGCAAAAGUUACAUGCUAAACGAUAUAACAGAUACAUAUGAUUCUUUUACUCUGAAUGUACUGGGAAAUCUCCUAGUUGAUGGCCCAAAUGCACCUUUUUAUCGAGCACUAAUUGAAAGUGGACUGGGAUCAGACUACUCCCCAGUAGUUGGAUUUGACAGUCACACAAGGCAAAGCUCAUUUUCAGUUGGUUUAUGUGGUCUUUAUGAGAAGGAUGUGGACACUGUUAUUCAGAUUAUAGAUAAUACAUUCCAUCAGGUGCUAAAAGAAGGAUUUCCCACAUCACGUAUUGAAGGCAUACUCCAUACUAUUGAGCUUAGUACAAAACAUCAAACUUCCAAUUUUGGCUUAGGACUUGCAAUGGCAUUAAAUCCCAUAUGGAAUCAUGGAGGAGAUCCAAUUGAACCUUUAGAAGUGAAUAAGCAUGUAAGUUACUUAAAAAUGUUAAUGAAAGAUAAUCCUCAUUUUCUUCAAGACAAGAUUCAUGAACAUUUCAUCAGUAAUAUGCAUAACUUGACGUUAAUAAUGUGCCCACAUGAAGGUUAUAACGAAAUAUUACAAGUAGCUGAAACUGAUUUGCUUAAGAAGAAGUUAGAGCAUCUUUCUUCAGCCGAUAAAGAAAAAAUUUAUGAUGAGGGAAAUUUGCUUGCAAUGAACCAAAGAGAGAAUGAAGACGUAUCUUGUUUGCCUUCAUUGCUGAUUGAAGAUAUUGAGAAAAAGCAUAAAAACGAUCUUAUUCAUUCAGAUCAUAUCUGUGGCGUACCUGUUCAAAGCAGUGAACAACCAACAAAUGGCAUUUCUUACUUUCGUGCCCUUCUAUCAACUGCCUGUGUACCGGAGGAAUUAAGGUCUUUAAUACCAUUAUUUGCAUUAGUUGUGACAAAAAUGGGAGCUGGUGAUUAUGACUACAGACAGUUGGAUCAAGAAGCAGAAUUAUAUACAGGGGGGCUUGACAGCUCUAUUUUUGCAGCAACAAAUCCUUCAAAAGUAGAUACGUUUUAUGAAGGAAUUCUCUUGUCUUCUUUCUGCCUUGAAAAAAAUAUAGAAAACAUGUUUAAACUUUGGCAGGAUGUAAUAAAUGGCUUGAAAAUGGAUGAUGAAGAAAGACUUAAACAUAUAGUGAAAAUGAAUUUAUCAGAGCUGUCACAAAACUUGGCAUAUCAAGGUCACUUGUAUGCAAUGAAAAGAGCUGCAAGUACCCUCAGUUUAUAUGAUAAGUGGAAAGAACAAAUGUUUGGUUUUGAAUAUCUUCUUUAUUUAAAAAAUCUGUCUGAUUUAGAUUUGUAUCAAGAAUUGCUAGACAAGUUAAGAAUUCUUGCUGAUUGUAUUUUUAAUAAGACCCAUCUCAAAUGUGCACUUAAUGCCAAUGCUCCUGUUUUAAGAAGAGCUGAAGGUGGUUUAAUGAAUUUAUUAUCUUCAAUGAAAGGAGAAUGUCAGGAUCCUCACCCUGAAAUUGAACAAAUAAACUUUUCUCCACAUUCCUCUAAAACACAUAUCAUUUUGCCAUACAAUGUUUAUUAUUCAGCUUUAUGUUUCAAAGGUGUACCAUAUUCCAGUCAAGACAAUCCAGUGCUUCGUGUUGCUGCAAAACUUAUGUCCUCUAAGUUUCUUCAUUGUGAGAUCCGAGAAAGAGGUGGAGCCUAUGGAGGUGGUGCUACUGUCUCUGCCAAUGGAAAUUUUCUGUUUUAUUCAUAUAGGGACCCAAAUACCUCUGAGACUCUGCAAGCAUUUCAAGAUUCUGUCAAUUGGAUACUAAAUAAAGAGUUCAAAUCUCAAGAUUUAGUGGAAGCAAAACUGGGUGUUUUUUCAGAAGUGGAUAAACCUGUACCUCCAGGUGAAAAAGGAAUGAAACUAUUUUUAAAUGGACUUACUGAUGAUAUGCAACAAGUUCACAGAGAUCAGCUGUUAAAUACAACUACUGAAGAUGUUGUAAGAGUAGUGGAGAAAUACCUAGGUAGCAGAAACAUGAGUGGAACAUCUUUAAUAGGACCAGAAGCUUCUCUGUCCUCAAACAGUUCCGAGUGGAACAUUAUAAAUGUAGAAAUUGAUUAAAAUGUUUAAAUCAUAAAACUGCAGAUUUUAACUUUUCUUUUUUUUGUAAUGUAGUAUGCAUAGUAUUUUUGUUUUGCUAAUUAGAAGAUGAAGAUGAUUAAGGCUUUAUUGCAAAUUUUCUUUUUCUCAACUGUAAAUAUUGUACUGAAUCAUGUGAAAAUUGAAAUUUGAUUUGAUACAUACAAAUCAACAGUCAUUUAGGAAAUUCAUGAAAAAUACCAACGAGAUGUUAUUGUUACAAAUUUAACAGAGUUAAACUAUGCAGUCAAAAAUUACUGUGUAUGUGUUUUUAAAAGUAUUCGGUGCUAUUAACCACAUGUUUACAGGAACUAGAGGUAUUAUGAAAAUUAUAAAUGCUUCUAGAAAGUAAUUUUUAGUAAAUGUUUGUAGAUAAAGUGUGCAAUACUUCAAGCAGUGAUAGAAAAUACAUGCAAAUUUCAUUACUCAUAAUCAAAUACUCUAUAUGAUAUCAGCAGUUGUACUUUUUAAUUUAAUAAAACUUAUUAGAACAUUACCUUUCAUAUUAGAAUUAAGAGGUAUUUGUGAUUCUAACAUUGUCAUACUUCAGUCUGACUGGUAGACUGUUCUAGGAUUGUGUGAUGCCCAUAUGAAGUGGUCAAGACUACAUGUGUUAGCUUUAUUACACAUAAUAUGUUUUAAUGUAAUGCACUGUGAAUUAAAUUAUUAUAGCAGAGAAAUAGAUUAUGAAUAAAUGUGUGCAAUUUUGUGUUUUAUUCAUAUAAAGAUUCAAACACCUCAGAACUCUGCAAACACAUAUUGGUUUUAUUAAAAGUACUAAUAAAUAUUACUGACUAAUUGGUAAUCAAGAGUGAUUAUUAUGAAAAUGGCUAAAUUACUCAAACUUAAAAGUAAACCAAUAAAAUAAAAAUGUAAUGUAAUUUUUCUAGAUUUAGAUUACAAUGCACACUAAUUAAAAACAUUUAAUUAAAAAGUAGGUUUUUUUUUUUAUUCAUUGGUCAGAUGAGGAAAUACAAUAGUGAUAUUCUUUUGAAGAGUUACAUUAUUAUGAUGGCUUCAAAUGUAUAUAAUAAAGAUAAUGGUAAAAAGACAAUGUAAAAAAAAAAGAACAAAUAAAGACAAUGUAAAAAAAAAGACUAAGAAAAUUACAUAAACAGGUAAAGUCAAAAUAGUAUCAGUAACAGCUAAGCCAAUUAUUGAAACUAUGUAAGCCAACUGAGUUAAUUAAGCUGUUAUUAUUAAUACAGUUUACUAAUCAAUGGCUUCCCAUUAUUGUUCAACACUUGCUAUUAAACCCUACUGUUCUGUUUACCCUCUUAUAAUUUGUUUGCUUUGUAUAUCUUUAUAUAUUUCAACAUAGUUUCUAAUCAUUGACUUAGAUUUUACAUUUCAAAUGUGGUAUCACUUGUUACCUGCACUAUAGCAUAUUUAUGUUAGAUUAGACAUAUUAGAUUUGUGAAAGAAUAUCUGUACAACUAUAGUAUAUUUAUGGACUAUUAAUUCAUAACAGGGCUUACACAUGUAUGUGAUAAAAAAGUGAAUGCUUAUGUUAUGACAGUGGAAGUCACGUGACGCUGGAGUUUCUAGAAGAAUCAUGGCUGUUCCUGGUAACUCUAGUCUUUUCUAGGCGCCCUCUAUUUUAGUA